AUGUCUCCAUCGGAAACUUACAAGCGGGGCACAAUGUUGUAUGGUCUACCCGACUGGAACCUACCACAAGUCCCGUCGCCUUUGUACUUGUCAGCUGCGGCGUCUCGUGUCACUGUCAGUGGGCAGGAAGCGAAGUCUUGCCAACCGGUGUGCACUCGUGGACAGGUGGGCGUCCCACGUCCGGCUCUACAAACAUUCGGCGCCGGGACCCGGCUCUGUGCGAAAGGGUGGGUGGACUCAGUAAUCGUCCCAUCGUAA